UUUGCUUUCAUCCUGACAACAUGUGUACUGGAAAAUGCACAGGUUGCAUUGGUGUUAUUCUGUACCCAUUAGUGGUCAUAUCCAUCAUCUGUAACAUAAUGCUGUUCUUUCCUGGCUGGGACAUCAAGUAUGUCAAAGAUGGACAUAUUACUGUGGAGGUGAAAUACUUGGGAGGACUCCUUGGAGGGGGGUUAAUGGUGUUGAUCCCAGCAAUUUACAUCCACAUGACUGAAGUAAACAGAUGCUGUGGAAACCGCUGCGGGAUGUUCUUAUCGAUUCCGUUCGCUGCAGUGGCUUUGCUUGGGGCCCUGUACAGUUUCGCUGUAGCCACGCUCGCUUUGCAUAAUGGGCCCCUCUGCAAAAAUGAGACAUGGACAACACCUUUUAAUGACAAGAAUUUCAAGUACCUGACUAAUUACAAGUCGUGGGGAGAUUGCACCGAGCCUAAGAACAUCGUGCAGUUCAACACUGUAUUGUUCGUCAUUCUGCUGGUCACAAGCUGUCUCCAGGGGCUGCUCUGCGCCAUCCAGAUGAUCAUCGGCCUAAUUGGGUGCGUGUGUGGAGUCUUCUUCAACAAAGAGGAACCAUGAGGCUUAUCUUGACCAUGGAUACUCAGUACUGUGUCUGGUUGACUGGAGCUACCUGCUGAAACACUGGAGUAGUGUUCCUGGCUGAAUCAGCAUUAAACAUUUACUUUUGUUGCUACAGGCUUUUAUUUAUUUUUGUUCUUAAUGAUGCUUCACGCUGUUGCAAAUGUAUUUGGGUAUGCUGUGAAACUGGCAGUGUUAAACCUAACGCAUGCAAAUUGUUAUUUGGGCAAUUUUAAAUAAACCUUUUAU